AUGCCUUUUUCAGAACGCACGUACAGACAAGUUAAUACUUCAAGAAAUUCUACCAUCAAUGGCAUGGAGCAAUACAUUCGAGGAGGGGAUUCCACAAGGAUGUCACCAACCUAUUACUCUCCCACCUCAUCUUCCCCUUCUUCUCCACACUCUGACAAGUUGAAGAGCAUAGACCCAGAAGAAGAUCAUGCUCUCUAUCAGAAGAAAUCAUCAGUUCUCUCCAAAGUGAAGGAGAAGGCAAGGAGAUUCCGCAACAGCCUCAACAAGAAGAAACUUGAGGAUGAGAACUUCACACCGUCUUGGGGUGUUAGCUUAGAAGAUGAUGGGGAAGAAGAAGAAGAUGCUGAAUACCUUGGAGCUCCAAUGUAUGAAUCGGAGCUGGCACCUGAGGGAUACAAAGAAAAUGCAAGGCAGCAUCCAAGAGCAAAUCCAGUAAUCUCCGAGAAGCAUGUUUUGCAAACCUGUAUCAAAUCUGGGGUGCAACAAGAUCGAGAAAAUUCACUUGGUCUUGUCAAUUCCACCACCACAACUCAACCUCAAACUACAACUCCAACUCAUGCUGGUCCAAACUGCACAAUGAAUGCAACCAUAGCCCAGAAACUGACACCUAUCAUUGUUGGAGGGUCAGAUUCAUCUAAUUCACUAUCCUCCAAAACUCAUGCUGUUUCCACAACUCCUCAAGGCAACACAUUCUGCCAAACUUGUUCACCAGCUCCAUCUCCUGUGCAAUAUUCAUCAUCCCCAUAUGCUUCAUUGAGUGGGGGAAAUACAUCCUCAAAUGGUGCUACGGUGACAUAUGAAGAAACAACUCCAAGUAUAUAUACUAGUAAUGUAGGUGUGAUUGAAAAGGUGAAAGAAGCUGUGAAUUCUUUGCUCUGGAAUGAGGAGCCAUCACAACAAUAUACAGUUAAAACUCCUACCACACUUUCUUCAUCGCAAACUCAAGAAGUUGAUCAGGAAGAGAACCGUGGGAGAAUUCUUCAGGCAAAUUAA